AUGGAUUUUGAUCCAUUAUCUUUAUUUACACCAUCUCCAAGCGUAGAAGAUGAUAUAAGAACUUUAGAACAUAAAGAAGUCAAAGAAAUACCGUAUGAAGAUGAAGAUGAUCACUUACAACCAAUACAUAUACUAGAUCUACCGUUGUUGAAACUAAAUCCACCAUUUGAAGUCGUAAUGAUAUUUUUGAAAUUGUUUCAACCUAGCCAAGUCACGAAUUUUUAUACUACAGCAGAGGAUGAAAAAGAUCCGGACUCUAUAUUUAAAGAAAAAGGAAUAUAUCAAAUCGAAUUAGACUUAGCUUUAGUCUGGCUACGAGACUUUUGUCCUAGAUUCAAUACAAUUUCAAAAUUAGCAGCCAUACCCAGAUUAUCAAAUUCUUUUAAAUUGAUUAAUGAUUAUAAUUCAUACUUCACAAGACUUAUAUCUACUCCAUUACCAUAUACUGAUGCACAAAUAAGUCUCAUUCAUAAAGAGGCAUCAUUAAGAGUUAGUGAAAAUUGUGGAAGAACAGCACAACCUCAAAUAAUAAGAAAAAUAAAACUAGACGACUUUGAAGAAGUAAUUUCUUUGAAGGAACCAUCAUUGACUAACGAUAAUCUUGGCUUGAAAACUUGGGGCUCAUCUUUAAUUUUGAGUAAUCGAUUAAUACGCAAUCCUGAAAAAUAUUUAAAAGGUGAAGUAUUAGAGUUGGGUUCAGGCACUGGCUUAACUGGUAUUGUUAUUUCAAAACUAGGCUAUAAUGUAAUAUUGACUGACUUGCCUGAAAUCACACCCAAUUUGAGAGAAAAUUGUAAAUUGAACAAAUGUGAUUCAUUAGUAUGUGAACUAGAUUGGUCGGAUCCUACUUCAUUUAUAAAACAAAAGAGUGAUAUCAAAUUUGAUACAAUUAUGUUAUCUGAUCCUAUUUAUUCAUCUAAGCAUCCUUAUUGGGUAGUCAACAUGAUUAAAUUAUUUAGCAAAUCCACAUCUAACAUAAUUGUUCAAAUUCCAUUACGUCCCAAAUUUGAAAAAGAAAGAGAAGUUUUAUGGGAGCUACUUAGUGAUUAUAAGGUAGUAGAGGAAGCUGUCGAAUCUGGAUAUGAUGAUUUUGGAGUCAUGCAAUUCUUGUUUAAAUUAUAUAAUUUAUAA